GGCAAACUGGUAAAGGAGUCAUUCCACAUUUCCGCUCCCCUCUGUACUGCGGAAGGAAGACUGCCUUCCCCUUCCCAAUAAUCUCCCCUUCUCUCCUUCCCCAAAAGCUCUUGCCAGAAUUUAUUCGAUUUUGUCGCCUCUGUAUUUGUUUAUGUUGAUGUUUCUCCAUUCCGAACUCGCUCAGGAACUCGUGUUUAUUUCUGGCUUUGUUGCGGGUUAGGUUGAGAACGGAUUGGCGGUGGAAGCGGCGCCUUGAUUAAUUUUGUUUUUGGUCUCCUUGUUUGGUCGGAACUCAAGGACCUAUGCAGGAUGCAAAUGCCUCUGGGGAGAACUAUUUGGAUGUUGAUUGGAACACGGAUGAUGAACUGGAAAUUUUUGGAGAAGCAGGGACAUCUGCUCAUCCAGUUGCAACUUAUAGUACUGAAGCUGUUGUUGACACUGGGGAGGCAAGCACAUCAGCUGGUGACUCCCGAUUCAAGUUGAUAAGCCAUUUUAUUGGAAUGGGGUUUGCUGAAGCACUGGUCUCAAAGGCUAUUGAGGAAAAUGGAGGAGGAGAUACUGAAUCAAUACUAAACACCCUUCUUACAUACUCAACUCUUGAAGAUUCUCCUAAGGAGGAGAAACAAUUGAGCACAAAUUCUGAUCUAAGCUCUUCCGAUUACAAUGAAAACCUUGUGAAUGAGCUCUCAGACUUGGACAGCUGUUCUGAUAAUGAUUUAGAAAAAUACCCUUUGCAGGACAAUCCUCAUUCCAUAUCUGAGAAGCAUAAAAUGUUGUUAUCACUGGAAAGCUCGGGAUCUCUGUCUGAGAAAGAUAGAAAAUUGCUGGACUUAGCAAAUAUGGGAUUUGCAGUGGAAGAGGCAUCUAUAGCCAUGGAAAGAUGCGGUCCUAAUGAAUCAGUAUCUGUUUUGACUGAUUUUAUUUGCGCUGCUCAAUUGUCAAGAGAAGAAAACUGUCAUUUAGAAGAUGACCUCAAGGCUAGGUUUAUAUGUAAUGGAAGCAGCAAAAACAAAAAGAGGAAAUUGCAUGAGAUGCGCAGAAAGAAUGAAAUGGCUGAGGAGACGAUUCGUCUCCCUAAUCCGAUGAUAGGGUUCGGUAUACCUUCUAUGCAGCCAGAGAAAGUUGAUCGUUUCAUACCAGAAUCUGAGAGAGGUCCGCCAUAUUUCUACUAUGAAAACGUUGCUCUUGCUCCCAAGGGCGUGUGGGACACCAUAUCCCGUUUUCUCUACGAGAUUGAGCCGGAGUUUGUUGAUUCCAAGUAUUUCUCCGCCUGUGCAAGGAAAAGAGGAUACAUCCACAAUCUACCCAUUGAAAAUCGAUUUCCUCUAAUCCCCAUCCCUCCUCUCACCAUUCACCAAGCAUUUCCAUUGUCGAAAAGAUGGUGGCCCACAUGGGACACUCGUGAGAAAUUGAACUGCAUACAAACAGCUAUUGCAAGUGCAAAGCUCACUGAGAGAAUCCGCAGUGCUCUUGAGAGGUAUGAUGGCGAUCCACCCGAAUCAGUGCAGAAGUAUGUCAUGGAACAGUCUCGGAAAUGGAACUUGGUCUGGGUAGGGCGUAAUAAAGUUGCGCCUCUAGAGCCGGAUGAAAUGGAAAUGUUAUUAGGCUUCCCGAAAAACCACACUAGAGGAGGUGGUAUAAGCAGGACCGACAGAUACAAAUCCCUUGGCAACUCCUUUCAGGUGGACACUGUGGCUUACCAUCUGUCUGUCCUCAAGGACAUGUACCCGAAUGGCAUAAACCUCUUAUCCCUCUUCUCCGGAAUUGGCGGAGGCGAGGUUGCACUCCAUCGGCUCGGGAUCAAACUGAAGAAUGUAGUCUCGGUGGAGAAAUCGAAAGUGAACCGAGACAUUGUGAGGAGCUGGUGGGAACAGACGAACCAGACAGGUACUUUGAUCGACUUUGAUGAUGUGCAGCAGGUGGACGACGAGAGAUUGGAGCAGCUGAUCGACACCAUUGAUGGCUUCGAUCUGAUCGUGGGAGGGAGCCCUUGCAACAACCUGGCGGGGAGCAAUAGGGUGAGCCGCGACGGACUGGAGGGCAAAGAAUCGUCGCUGUUCUUUGAGUAUGUUAGGAUAUUGAAUUCCGUCAAGAGCAUAAUGCGCUCGAGGCGACGCAGCCGCUGAUGGAUGAUCUUAACGGCUAGCUAGCUAGCUAACAACUACUGUCCAUUUUUUUUUUUUUUUUUUUGCUUUGGCACCUUUUUUUUUUUUUUUUUUUUGUCUUUUUAGAAGCAUCGGCAAGGCAAUUUGAACUGAAGUAGAUGAUGAUCUGAUUUGAUUUGAAAUUCUGACGUUGUUCAUAUUACUAUAUGAUAAUAUUGACUCAACCCAAAGCUUGGCUCUCUUUGAAUGCAUGCCCAUUUCAUCCUUA